AUGAGUAACCUGACCACCGAGAAAGGAUUUGUCCUCCUGGGAUUUGGGAGUCUCCAUGGAUUACGCUUUUUCCUUUUUGGAAUAUUUCUGGGAAUUUAUAUAGCGAACUUGCUGGGGAAUAUCCUCAUCCUUACAGUCAUUUCCAGUGACCGCAGCCUCCAAACUCCCAUGUACUUCUUUCUCUCCAAUUUCUCCUUCCUUGAGAUCUGGUACACUACAUCCAUUUCCCCUAAAAUGCUACAACUCAUUCUCUCAGGUCCUGUAGCAAUUUCCUUUGCAGGCUGUGCGGCCCAGUUUUACUUCUUCGGUUCCAUGGCAGUAGUUGAGUGCUUUCUGCUGGCAGCUAUGUCUUAUGACCGCUACCUCGCUGUCUGCAGCCCCCUGCAGUAUUCAUCUGUCAUGAACAUCUGCACAUGUGUCCUGUUUGCAGGUGGGUCUUGGCUGGGUGGUUUCCUAACUCCUGUGGUCACUGUCACCAUGACUUUCCAACUGCCAUUCUGUGCCACCGAGAUUGACCACUUCUUCUGUGACCUGGCCCCUGUGCUGAAGCUGGCUUGCUCUGAUCCUGAGAGAGUGGAGAAAACCACGUUCCUCAUGGCUGCCUUCGUCACCAUGGUGCCAUUCCUGCUCACCAUAGCCUCCUAUGCCUACAUCGUGGCUGCUGUGCUCAGGAUCCCGUCAUCUUCAGGAAAACAACGAGCCUUCUCCACCUGCUCCUCUCACCUCAUUGUGGUCACUCUAUACUACGGGACGCUGGGAACAGUCUACGCCAUUCCCACAGCAACCCGGACGGCUGCCCUACACAAGACCUUCUCGUUGCUCUACACUGUGGUCACCCCCAUGAUCAAUCCCAUAGUGUACAGCCUGAGAAACAAGGAUGUUAAAAAGGCAGCGAGGAGACUUCUAAGCCACUGGCUAUACACCAAGAAGAUUUAA